CACAGUUGUGCCCGGGAUUGUAGCAGAGAGAGUUAGAGAGAGAGCAGCCCCUUCUGCAGCCUAUUAGCUCAUCACCAUGGAUGUCAAACUGCUGGCCCUGAUGGCUCUGCUGGCCGUGGCCACACAUGUACCAACCUCCAACGCAAAGCCCAUCAGCCUGGUAGAGCGGUGCUGGUGUCGGUCCACCCUCAACACGGUUCCUCAGCGGUCCAUCAAAGAGCUCAAGUUCCUCCACACACCCAACUGCCCCUUCCAAGUCAUUGCCAAGCUGAAGAACAACAGGGAAGUUUGCAUCAACCCAGAGACCAAGUGGCUGCAGCAGUACUUAAAGAAUGCCAUUAACAAGGUGAAGAAAUCUAAGAGACGCACUAACAAGAAAAACUAAACACAAGGGGAAGACAUGUAUGUGGUCAGAUCUACCAUCCCUGAGUAGAACCUGUACAUCUCCCUGUCACUACUAUGGAUGUAUGCAAACACGCUGUGUGUACCUGUCUGGACCUCUCUGGACCGCUUGCAGAACCAGCACUUCACCGCCAAAUCGUGCCAUCCCAAUUAUACCUUAGAGACUUUGACGGGACACAUUCUGAUAUCAGAUAUGUGUGUGUGUGUGUGUGUGUGUGUGUGUGUGUGUGUGUGUGUGUGUGUGUGUGUGUUUGAAUGUGAUUCACAUGAACUAACUCUAGUAUUUUCUGACUAUAAAGGAACAACUUGAGCUUUCUGUCUUACACAAGGCAUAUCGUCACCCAAGUGAAAAUAUAUUUACAGCAAUACACUUACUUCAACUUUAUUGGGUUUUGAAAAGAGUGCAUUCUACUUAUCAUUUACUGUAAUUAAAAGUAUUUAAGAUGGUGAUGUUAAAUACCUCUUCAGACGUCUCAUAUGAGGUGAAUUAGGCAUUAGUCCAGGACUUGGGGGGUCAUGGGACAGACACAGAGAGGCUGGCCAAUGGGGUCACAAGCAGUGACCAAUCAGGGCAGGCCAUGCUACAACAAUAUCAUGAAUUGUCUUCAAGCUUGCUCCACCAUCAGGAACAAAACAGAUGGAAGCUCACAAACACUGCUGAGGAACAAGCACUGAUUUGAUGGUGCUAUACAUUCAGUAUAAGGGGUCAGAGCCAUUGAAAUAAUUAUUUUUCACAGUUUAUUUUAUGCAAGCUUUAAGAUGAGAUGUCGUGACCUCUAUGUCUUAUAUGAAACACAAUUAUGUUUUUUCCAGUCACAAAAUAUUGAAAGCGCUGUUGUUAGAGUCUGAUAUAGAAAGCUGAUGUUGUGUCAAAGCUAUACUGUACUGAUAAAUACUAUAAAGAAGUGGAAUAAUACUUAUCAAUGCAGCUUUUUGUUGAUUGAACAUAUCAGUAAACAGAGACCAAAUAUUUAUACAGUAAAACAUACAAAACACGAAGAAACCUGUGAACCUCAAAAAGCAUGACUUCCUAUUUCAUUUAUCCUUAGAAAAAUGUAGAAGAUAAUCAUAAUUCUUAAUGUUUUACCCAAAGGGUAUCAAAAGGGAGAAGUUAAAUGUAUAUCACAACAACAGAGUAAAUCAGCUGCAGUAUGUUCAUACCAACACCUGUCCUUGGUAGGAAUGAAAAGCUAAUAUUUCGUCACAUUAAACAACUGAAUUAUAAUUGUUACAAAGAGAAUGUUCACGGUGACAAAAAAAAAAGUUAUCCUUUUUUCAUAUAUAUUUGAGCCACUUUAUUAUCAUGUGAGUCUUUAAAUGUAAGUGUUUUAUUUUUAUAUUGUGUAUAAUCUUACUAAAUGCUUUUGUUAAUGCAAUGUACAGUAGGCAGUAGCUACUAAAUGAAGGCUAGUCCAUACAAUGCAAGAAAUGUAUUAAACUUCAUUUUAAAGAUUUCAUGCAAUAUUUCACAAAUAUGUAAUGAAUUGUUUGCAAAUAUGUUAUACACAGUAUGCAACACAUUCCUUUUUCAAAGGAAUAAAAUGUUAUUUUGUGGUAAAAUCUGGUUAAAAAAAUUUAGUAUCGUCCUUCUGGUUUGUUGUCCUCUCCACACCGUUUCCUUAUCAACCAAAUGUAACACGGGUGAAGUCCAACACACAGUGACUGAAAACAAAAGCUGCUGUCAUUGUGUUACAUGAGUCAGGAAACUAUUCAGCACAGCCCACCAAUCGUCCCCCGUCGAACACUUGAUUUGUUUUUUUUAAUAGUUUUACUGAGGCUGAUGUAUGAUGUGUCAAUAGAGCCACUGAGCCAAAACAGAACAAAACCUUUGAGUUGAGAUCCAAGCGACCAACAUGUGCUUUCAAUCUGGACACUCCCAGCACCCCAUGGGCUUUUUUUUCCUGUUACACUCAACUUCUGUCAUGCCGCAGAAUUAGAGCCCCUUUUCUUCCCCUAAAACUGUAAUGGAAGUCCUGGCGGUCAUUGUUAUGGUCUUUGUUGUGUUUUGUUUUACAUGGUCUAUUUGCUGAAUGCCUGCCCACAGGUGAUAAUCAUAUCAAUUUGCAGCUAAUGUUGCAAUAAUCCUGUAAGUCUUAUUAAUUUCCCAUGAAUAUAAUAGAAGUUAAUAGACAUUCAUUUUAUAUUAUUAUACUAAUUUGUUUAAACACAUUGUUAAAUAAGAUAAAAAUUUCCAAAUGCAAUAAUGUCUUAAUUUCAUUACAAAACCGCCAUCCAUUCCCAAAUUGGUUUGUUAACUAAACUGUAGCGUUACUCCAUAAUCUAGGGAAUAGGUUGUUUUUUUAAGUUCUGUAAACUUUCUAAUUUAUAAUGUGAUAAUUAUCUCAAUAACAGGAAAAGUAUUUAACCACACUGUUAGCAGCACUAGUUUCAUUACUGAUUUACAUUAAUGAGAUACAAAUGUAAUAACAGGUCAUUUGUUUUAUUAAUCAGACUUUAAGUGCUUUUAUGUUUAGUGCUUUGGCCCCUGUGGAAUCAUUUAACAUUUUAGAAAAAAUAUAUAUAGAGCUUUUACACAAAGUUUUUGGGUGUAAUAUUUGGAACAAUUUCAAAUUCAGGUUCACUUUUACUUGCAAUUAGUGAGAUAACAAAUGAAUCGAAAGUGAAUGCAUGUGUUCUACUUUGGACCCUGAGACAAUGUGAAAUAAUUGUUUUUCUUUUGAGGCAGCUUAUGACACAUAUUCUUUAUAUAAGUGAGACCUAUUAGAGCAUUAUCCUCUGUAUUGUCACUGUUUGUAAACCAAGAGGCAGUAUUUUAGCUAUGAUACUCAAGCCCUUUUUCAAUAAAGUCACAUGGAAUAAAAUUA